AAACAAAACAACUUAUCAUAGUUGUAGACAUGAUAUCAUAGGCUCAUAGCCGUCACCCGAAUGACUUCCCAAAAACACAGAAUAGUCACUCUUGCGAACGAGGAUGAUCCGAAAAAGUUUGUGGUCGGGAGGUUUCGAUGAAGAGAAGUAAAAGAUCCAAGAGAGAGAUUCAACAUGGAUUUCUCCGGAGACAAUACGAAAGGCUUUGUUUUGGCUUUGCUGUCAAGUGGGUUCAUAGGGGCAAGCUUCAUCAUCAAGAAGAAAGGCCUUAGAAGAGCAGCCGCAACUUCUGGUGUCAGAGCGGGUGUUGGUGGGUAUUCUUAUCUCUUGGAACCUCUGUGGUGGCUGGGAAUGAUCACGAUGAUUGUUGGAGAGGUUGCAAACUUUGUUGCAUAUGCAUUUGCCCCUGCAGUUCUUGUUACUCCUCUUGGCGCGUUAAGUAUUAUUGUCAGUGCUGUUUUGGCUCACUUUUUCUUGAACGAGAAGUUACACAAGCUUGGAAUUUUGGGCUGCGUGAUGUGUAUUGUGGGAUCCGUCAUAAUUGUUAUCCAUGCACCACAGGAGCAUCCCAUUACGUCUGUUCAGGAAAUAUGGAGCAUGGCAACUCAACCAGCCUUUCUGCUUUACAUGGCCUCUGUAACUGUAUUGGUUUUCAUUCUGGUCAUCCAUUUUGCACCACAAUGUGGGCACACGAACGUGUUAGUUUUCACCGGCAUCUGUUCUUUGAUGGGCUCUCUCUCGGUGAUGAGUGUUAAAGCCCUUGGAACUUCACUAAAGUUAACGUUCGAGGGAAAGAAUCAGUUAAUAUAUCCAGAGACAUGGUUUUUCAUGUUGGUUGUGGCUACAUGUGUCAUCACCCAGAUGAUUUACCUCAAUAAGGCGCUCGACACAUUUAACACAGCCGUUGUCUCCCCCAUAUACUACGUGAUGUUCACAACACUGACAAUCCUAGCCAGCGUCAUUAUGUUUAAGGAUUGGGAUGGCCAAAGUGGAGGAACCAUAGUAUCAGAAAUAUGUGGCUUUAUUGUUGUGCUCUCUGGAACAAUCUUAUUGCAUUCGACCAAAGACUUUGAGAGAAGCUCAUCUUUUAGAGGUAACUUCGCACCUGUGUCCCCCUCAUUAUCUACCCGACUCUGCAGCGGAAAUGGGGAAUUACUGAAGUAUGAAGAGGAAGAAGUAACACCUCCUGAGGAAGUUUGCUUAAGAAGACAAGAAGUGUAUUAGAUUGUCCCAUUCAGAGGAUACUAUUGCAUUACUUCAAAUCAGCAGGCAAGGCACAACUGAAAUUUGAACAGCUUUGAGAAAGAUGCCCAUCGGGUGACUCUCCACUUCCAGUUCUGGUCAUAAUAUCCCAUACAAUGAUGGAAGAAUUUCAGAACGUAUUCAGGUGGUUGUUUUCUUGAGCAUCAUCCGGAUUUCAUUGGUUUUUUUUUCGUAUUUUUAUGUCUGGUUUGGAGGAAUGCGUCUAAGGUGCAUAGCUGUACAGUUUGUCCAAGAUUACCAGUUUCUUCAUGCGUGGUUUGUUCACUUGUCAAAUAAGGAAAAGGGCUUCAGUUAAGCAAGAUUGAAUCCCUCCAGACUCAAGAACCUGAGUUCCAGCAAGGAAGGCAGAAAUCUUAUAUUCGACUUGGUGAGCUUCUGGGUAGCACGAGUGAUCUCUGAUUUGAUUUUGAUUUUAAUUUUAAUUUUCUGGGAAUGUUUGUGACUCAAGAAGAAGGAUAUAGUUGUAGGGUAUUUACUAUUUUUACAAUCAGCUGUAGCCUUUCAUAGUGAUUGCUGUAGAGCGGUAGAUUUUUAGAGUGGAAAUGAAUGAUGAUGCUUUGUCUACUACAUUUCUUACUGUUAGGGUGAACACAAAAAAUAUAGAGUAAUAUUUUUUUU